AUGACUCGAGAUACACCAAGACUUCAGGAAGACCAGAGCUUCAACGGCGAAGAUGAUAUUCUUAAAGCCUUGUGGGCUGCCGCUCCUUUCCCAUAUCUUCCUCAAGAUGCGCCAGACGAACUGAAGAAACUCACAAUAGAUGUCGAGGAUCCAAAGCAAAUUUAUGUCAUACAUAAUACAAGCAGGCGCCACCAUUUUCAAUUAAUGGUAGAGAGAUACAUUCGGCAACUUCGAUAUGGUUGCGAUUCCACUAUUUGCCAUACCCCGACCUGUUUUACUUGUCGCAAACGCCUUUCCCUUGCCGCUUGCCGUCCAAUAAGACCAUACAAUUCCACAAGCGCAAGAAUUCUAGCUGUUCACUUGGCUAGUCAGGACAAUCCCGAACGAGGUCUCUGUCGCAAUCCUCUUGCAGACUCACCAGUCCAACUUAAUAGGCAUGUCAGGGUUACUGCACGAAGGAGCAUAUCUGGGCCCAAGAAAAUACAAGUCAAUGGAGGGGAACCCAUGCGUAGGAAUCUAUCUAGUACAGACAAUGAAGGACUGAGGUCGGAUGAAUUACGAAUCAGCUCUGCUGCAAUCGCCAUUGAUGGUACGAGUUCUAGGAAUAAUGAAGCGAACGAUAAAGGCGGCCCAGCUGAGACCAGGAAAUCGAAAACCACUAUCUUGGAGGAAGGCACCAAAACAGAUCAUAAAUCUUUCAUUCAAAAUGUGUUUGGCACGGUAGCUUUCAAAAUGGUCGAAUGGCUGACACCAAGAAAUCUGGAUGCACUAACAAAACCGACCGAUGAAACUUUGGAUACAGACGCUUAUAGGUCAUCAUUUGCUCAAUCAACACCAAGUGAUGGCACUAACACUCCGGCACCAAAGCUAGAGGAUUCGAGUGGAGUAGAGGCAGAGCUAUCGAGCAGUACAAGUUUCUUACCAACAUCUUCUCCUGGAAUUCUCGCUGAAAGUUCCGGGGUUCCAGACAAUUUGGAUAAAAACGAGGGGCUUGCUGGCCAUGGCAUUCCAGAUAUGAGUACACGGAGGGAGAUGAGCUCAAAAUCAUCUCCCGCUAUACCUAGUGACACCAAGGCUGGCGUUCUAUCAGGUCCAAAAAUCUUACACAAUGAAACUGCACAUGUUACAAGUGCGAAAACUCGAAGAAGGACAGAUUCAUAUGAUGCUCAUGUUUCUAAAGGAGUUUUGAACCUUUCAACCUCACCAAGAGCGGCUGGCACUGAUAGUAGUCCGCCUUUGUCUCACCAAUCUAUCCACUCGAAGCCUAAACUGACCCGACAUGCUAUGAUAACCAGCCCGGUUCUUCACCUACUUGAGACUGAUACUUCAUCGCCCACAAUUCCCCUGAUUGAUGCCAGAAUUGAGGUUCCUGUACCGGCAGAAUCUGAGUCAAAUCUCAAACCCGAUGUGGAGGUUGGCAAAACAAUCAAAAAAUCCUUGGCUGAAAGUCACAAGCUCGAGUCACGCUUGCCCGAUGAAAAGCCACCACAGUCCCUUUCAUCGUUACCUAUUGAGGUAAUUAACCUGAUUUGUGACAUUCUGGAAAACGAUAACACUUGUGAGAAGCACCAACUGCAUCCCGAUCACAUAGAAGAUGAUUUGAAGAGAUAUCCAGUACGCAGUGUUCCUUUAGGUCGAAACAUAAACUCGAGAACCGGCUAUCCAAAAUCAAUGAAAAAGCAAUGGCGUUGUUUCAUUGAUCAAAGUUUGUAUUUUGUUCUAAGUAGACCUGGUUCUCUCAUAAAGUCUUUCGCCAGUCAAGAUGGACAAAUCUUUGACACGCAGACUAUUUGGUACUGCAUGUUACGUAUGACUCGAGUUGCACCGUCCAUUGUAUUUGACAGCCUCUGGAUUGCCGCAGGCACACUUUUCAAACCUCCAAAGCAAUUAGAAUGGGCCAAGCAGUCUCAUAAUGAUAGCUCAGGCCCAGACCAACCAGUAUCAAAAGCCGAUGCCGCUCGAAUAAUAAAUAUUUGCUUUCAUGCUCUCGUAGCUGCGGCACCCCUAUUGAAGGAUCCAAGACAGCUAGCAAACAUGUCUCGUAUACGAUCAUAUGGAGUUGCUUUGCCUGGAAGGGAAUCAUCUACCUCGGAAUCGGCCAGAUUAUGUCUUCAAUAUGAUGAUGCAUUUACUGAUGAAUUGAUACUGAGAUUUGCUCGUCGAGUCUUCUCUGCUGUUUCCACAAGACGCAGAUUUUCUGAGUUAAUCCAGCUCCAACAAGACAUCAAAGGCGACGAAAAAGAACAAGAAGGUGUCUUGGAAAUCAUUCUCGGUACUCUCAAAUACCUCGAUCUUGACAUACCACCUCUGCUCAGCUUCACUGGCGCCGAACGAGAUUUGCACGAGAAGAGGAUUCCUACUCUGAUACUCGAUUGGGCACGAACAGUGAUGUUACAAGAUUGGGACGGUAAAGCAGAAGUUCCUUCUGACGGGUCGUUCGGGGGUGCCUUGGAAACCAUUGCGGCAAUAUACAAGAACAGAAAAUCGCUACUACUGGGAGACAUACAUUUCCGAACCGAAUAUUUUUCGGAUCGUCUAGAUAGUGUUGCUAUGCCUCUCGAGUGGCUAUCUUUUCAGGCAAAUAAGCGCACUGUGCAUUUACUCGAUUACCCAUACUUGUUCAAUCCAUCAACACUGGUCAGCUACUUCCGAGCCAUUAAUUACUCGCGGAUGAAUCAAUCGUUUGAAGAAGCAAAAUCCAUGUAUGCCCUCGUUCGCACGCAUGAGGGGCUUAUUACCAAUGGAGAUCACAAACGUAAACUUCGGGAACGCCUUCACACAGCCACUUCAAGAUACAUGGCCAUUGCAGUUAGCCGAGAAGAUCUACUUUCAGACACCUUCGACGCGCUCUGGCGAAGAGAAGAGCGUGAAUUGAUGCGACCCUUAAAGGUGUCACUGGGCGGAGAACAGGGAGAGGAAGGUUUAGACAUGGGUGGAGUUCAGCAAGAAUUCUUUCGGAUAGCAAUGACAGAGGCUAUUAAUCCCGACUUUGGGGUUUUUACAAUUGACGAUACAACAAAAAUGACUUGGUUUCAACCAGGAUCGCCAGAGCCAUUGUGGAAAUUUGAACUUAUCGGAACAAUCAUGUCUUUAGCAGUCUACAACGGCAUGACUCUACCGAUUACCUUCCCCAAAGCAUUUUAUAGAAAAUUACAAGGGGAGAGCAUCACAGAACUCCACCACAUCUCAGAUGGAUGGCCUGAGCUCGCUAAAGGUCUAACAGAUCUACUCGAAUGGGACGAAAGCAAAGGCGCCGUCGAAGACAUUUUUUGUCGGACAUACGAAUUCAGUCAAUUUCAAUUUGGAAAGCCUGUAAGCCGUGAAAUGAACACCUCGUCUCAAUGGCCCAAGUUCUCGGAUAUUAACGUGGGCGAAGAUACUGAAGAUUUUGGCGAGACAGAAGCACCCCUUGUCACGAAUGAAAGUCGGAAUAACUAUGUUAGUGAUUACAUCAGUUGGCUGACUAACAUAUCUAUCCAACCUCAAUUCGAGGCCUUCAAGAAAGGAUUUUUCGCCUGUCUCGACUCCCGAUCCCUUUCCCUUUUCGACGCCGACACUCUCCAAUCUCUAGUCGAAGGCGUUCAAGAAAUUGACAUUGUCGAAAUGCAACGCGGCGCCCAGUAUAUUGGCUACGAGGCUGGAGAUGAUGUUAUUGAAAGUUUUUGGUCGGUAGUCAAGGAAUAUGAUUUGGAAAAGAAGAAAAAGUUGUUGGAAUUCACGACGGCGUCGGAUAGGGUUCCCAUGGGUGGUAUGAGAAAUUUUCACCUGAGAAUUAUGAGGAAUGGUGGUGAUGAUCACCAUUUACCGGCUAGCUAUACGUGCUUUCAGAAUUUACUGCUGCCGAAUUAUUCGAGUAGGCAGAUUUUGAAGGAGAGGUUCGAUGUUGCGUUGGAGCAUGCUAAGGGGUUUGGGUUCAAUUGA